ACUGCAGCGCAUGCUCAUGACGCUAUAUUUCGUUGCUAUAACAGGUUUUGUAAUUUGAAAAGUGGUCAACUUUAACGAUUAAUAUUUCGCUUCGCGAGACAGAGCGACACUUUUUUCUGCCAGAUUCUUUCAUUUCACGGAAAAACGCGUCGAAUGAGCAUAAAUUUUUCAAAAUUGGAGGUGAGAGAACGGAGAUAUAGCAACAGCUUGAUGGCUGAUGGUACAGAAGCCGUCGUCGUCACGAAUACGCCACGUGCAGUAAAUUUUGCUGUAAAUUUACAGCACAAUGAGCCGAUCCAAUGCGAAGAAGGUAGUUAUAGAACAACAGCUGAUCGAUGAAGUUUUUCGACGAUCUGGAUUGUGGAACUACAAUCUACCUAGGGUUAAACGCAGGCCGCAAGUAAGGAUAAAGCUCUGGAAAGAAGUGUUUGCAGCUCUGGACGGAAGAUUUUCCAUCAAUUUGAUAAAAAAGAAGUGGAAGUUGCUGUACAAUUCUUUUCAGUUUUAUUUGAAAAAGGAUCAGCAAGCGGCGAGUGGAAAAAAACUGUGGGUACAUUUCCAAUGUAUGCAGUUUUUGCGUGAUCUGCUAGAGAGCAAAAAUUACAGAAAUAUUGAGCUGCCGAAAUUUUCUGAUUCGCAUUCGGAUUUAUCGGAGAUGGCCAGCCCGCUUUACGACAGCAGCACUGAUCAUGGAUCACGAAUUAGUAAGCGUCGCAUGACCGAAGACACCCUAGAUCGGACACCCGUUGCCGAUCCCCUGGAUCGGACACCCGUUGUCGAUCCCCUGGCUCUUCCAGUGUUCUUUAAUACAAACCAAUUAGAGAGAAUUUCACCUUGUCCACAGAUUGCUCCACAAGCUGCAUAUGAUAAACCUGCAUUAAUUGGCAAUUUGGUAACUGCCCUACUUCGUGACGUAGACCCGGAAUUGCUGGACGAAGUGAUGCUGGACAUUUUAAAAGUAACUAAUGCAAAAAAAAGGAAGAUAUAAGAGGAUCAAAAAUAUUUUCCUCCGUUUCCCUGUCGCUGCUCUUACUGUACCUGUGAUAGAAAUGUUGGAUAAAUUACCGAAAAGCUAUCAAAUCGGAGGUGAUAGCCUUUCGGAAGUCCACCCAAAAU